GAAGAAGACUAAGGAAAUGAAUAUCGGGACACAUUGUCGCGGAGCUGGAAUUGAUACAUUGUAUUGAGCACACUGUCUGUAACCACAACGCACUUUGAUAACAUUUACAUAAUUUAAGUCAUUUAGCAGACGCUCUUAUCCAGAGCGACUUACAAAUUGGGAGGUAAUCUAGUUCGAAUAUGUUGUGAUACUUUGAAAACAAUGUUGCAUAUUUUAAUGCAGUUACUUCCAACAGGGGGCUACGACUCCUUACGGAUAGCGUAGACAUGGUCCGGUGUGGUGCGCUUCAAGUGUCUUAAGAGAACUUUUAAAACCAAUGUUAUUUACUUAUUUAAUUUGUAAAGGUGGGCUAAUGUGUAAGUCAUUUGCUAUAACGUGAUUUGCGUGUCAUACUAAACUACUUUCUAGGUUAUGUGCUUUCACUAAUACCCUUAAGAAGGCUUUCUCACAGAACGCAGCUGGACUCGUGAAGGAAUUUUGAAUUAACUUAGGCUACAACACCUUCGCUUUAUGUCGGCUAAUUAAUUAUCCAUAGCCUGGCCAAUUCCAUGCUGGUACUCCGUUCAUGCUGCAAAUACGGCUGUUUCACAUUUGUGGAUCUCUUUCUCCAGUGGUUAUUGUGUAAUGUGUGUACAACCUUCCAGGCUGAAUUUCUCAGAAACCCCCACAUCUGGAAGAAGCAGGAUUUCAGUCCACCACCAGCGCAUAAGGACAGGCUAGAGGCCAUGUCUACAGUGGUGGAUCUCAAGACAAAGGAGGAGAAGGAUGCAGAGCUUGACAGACGGAUCGAGGCUCUGCGCAAGAAGAAUCAAGCUCUGGUCCGGAGGUACCAGGAAAUAGAAGAGGACAAAAAGAAGGCGGAGCAGGAGGGUAUUGCCGUGAAGACGCACCCACCCAGGAAGGGCCGCCCUCACGAUGGCCCGCCAGAGGGAGACCGAUGGAGGACAGAGAAAGAGAGCUUCACUGUCACCGUAGACCUCUCCAAACCUGCAGGGGAGAAGCGGGUGGUCAAUGACUGGAAACAAGGGCCACCGCGGGACUCUGAGGAGGGAGACGAUCCCAGACACCAAGGUGAAAGCCCCCCGCGGAGGGCUUUGCCCGGGCGGCUCAGCAGGGGUGGACAAAGACAGGGAGGAUCACGGCAGGAGAGGAGAGAGCAACGCCCUGACAGAUCCCUAACAGACUCACGCCAGUCCCAUGACAGACUACCAAGAGAGGGGAGACUACCAAGAGAGGGGAGACCACCAAGAGAGCAGAGACCACCAAGAGAGGACAGGGGUCCAAGCAUGGAGGGGCCAGGAGAGGGCCCCGGCCACAGUGAACGUGCCCCACGCGGAGGAAGAAGAGGAAGGGGAGAAGGAGGAGGACCACCACACGGUAGUGACAGGAAGUCUAAGGAGUGGGAGGAGAAAAGGAGGCAGAACAUUGAGACGAUGAACGAGGAGAUGGAGAAGAUUGCAGAGUAUGAAAGAGGACAAAGGCCUGCCGAGGGAGACAAGCCCAUCCGUAACUUCCUGGAUGACCCGCGGCGCUCCGGUCCAGUCCCGGACAUGGACCGCAAGGAGGGCAGCCGCCGACACAUUCGAAACUGGGGCGGCGUAGACUUUGACAACGUGAAGACGAGAUCUGAGCUGGAGAAGGAGUGGACAAGUCGGGGACCAGGAGGCCCUAAGGGCUCCAUGGAUAUGACCAUGUCUAUGACGGGCCGGGAGCGUGCCGAGUACCUCCGCUGGAAGAAGGAGCGUGAGGAGAUUGAUGAGGAGCGCCUGGCCAGGCACAGGAACGCCACGGGCCAGUGGAGACGGGAAUGGGACUCCCAGAAGACUGACGGCUUGUUCAAGGAGGACCCAGCUGUGGCUGUGGAGGGCAUGCUGCCAGCCCAGGGAUGCAGAGACGAUGUGAAGGGGCCUCCGAAGGCGCCCACGUUCGGAGACUUCCUGGGGCAGGGUAGAGGACCCAGGGAGGGGGGGAAGGGACGAGGACCGAGACAGAGCUACAGCAUGCACGAUAACCGCUGGGAAAAGGAGGAGGAGAAAGAGAAGGAAGACAAACCCAAGAAGGAGGAGAAGACUCAGAAGGAGGAACGGAAACCCAAAUCUCCCUCAUCACAAAAGAUGGAGAAGAGUGGUGAUGCAGAUGAGGAUGAGUGGGAGGAUGCCAGCGACGAAGAGGACGAAGAUGCGGAAGGUGAUGACGACUCCAAGGAAGACUAUGAGGGGGAGGAGGAAGGGAAAGACGGGCAGUCCACAAAGAAAGCACCUUGCCCAGAAACCACUGCAUUGAAACCCGCCGCCACCUCACCCCUUCCCUCCACUCCCCCCUCCGCAACCAGUCCCAAAGACAAGCGCACCCCAAGGCCCAAAGUCUACAUCCCCUCCCCAAAGGAGGCUCAGAACUCCCCCGAUGGCCUCAAGCCCCUCAGUCCCUUUUCUCCCCUGGACGGCCACCAGCCGGUCAGAGACUGGGGGGAGGAGAUGGAGAUGCAGUCACCCCGGAGCAGUAUGGGGGAAAGCCCCCCAAAACCCCCCAGCACUGAUGAGGGCCCUGCCCAGGUUAAGGUCCAAGAAGACAGCCGCAACUCCAGACCUAGCCCAACCCCCAGUCCCAACGAGAAGGAGAGGGACAAACGAACAGAUGAGGCCCCUGCCGCCGCUCCUAUCCUGGAGGCUGACCAGGGCCUGUCUGAGCCGGCCACAGCUCCAGAGACGGCCCCAGACACCUCAGAGCAGCCAUCUUCAGGCUGAUAUCUGCUCUAGGAAACUGACUUUUCAUUACUAGCAGUUCACAGAUGAUGGAAGGAUGAGGGGAGAAAAGAAUGACAAGAGGAAAGGUAACUGGGCCUCGCGCACCAUGACUGGAGCAGCCAUCACAGACAACCUGGAGGGAUGUGGUUGGGCAGCAGGCCUCCAAACCGCUCCCUCUCCUUAACAAUCAGACCACGUAAGUUCUGUUCUGUUUGACUAGGAGCAGCACCUUGCAUAGAACAGUGAUACAUACUGCCGUUCAUUUGAGCCACGAUGGUAAAUGGCUUGGGUUUUAUAGCAGCCAAUCAGGAUGUAACUGUGAUGUCAAGUCAACAAAGCCCUGACUUGUUUUUACCUUUUUUUUCUUUUUUUGUGUUAUUGGUUUGUGUGUGAUUAACAAAUCAAAGUAUUACAUUUCGCAAAGACUGAAAUAUUAAAUUCUCUUACCUCAAUUUUUCAACCUUUAGCAUUUUUUUUAAACUACCUUUUUUGGAAGGUCAAAGAGACUUGGCCCCUUCAACAUAGCUAAACUGGUAGUGUCCCAAAUGUCAUGCUCUAUAUAGUGCAAUUCUUUUGAGUCCGAUUGGGCCAUGGUCAAUAGUAGUGCACUAUAAAGGUGAUAGGGUGCCAUUUGCAACGCAAACCCUCUCUUUGUGAAGUGUGCAUGGAUAAGGAUUGGCUUAAAAUGUAAUACUUUUCAGUUGUAUUUUGUCAUGAAACUGAUAAUGUGAACAAAUAUAAGCCAUGGCAUUGAAAAAUGUACAUUCUGUCUCCUGAUAAUGUAACAAAGUUGGUUUACAUUUUGGACCCCAAGAGGAGAAUAGUUCAAUGUUAUUUUUAAUUUUUAAGUGGAGUACACUGUACUUAAAUACAGGCAUCAUGUGAUCCUGGCAAUUAUGUUUGUUGAUAACCAUGACAAUCCAAAGCUUUCCUUUAAUGUUUUAUUUGCAAUAGAUCACUAGUGGUGUUUCUAGUUUUAAUCAAGGGGCAUCAGAACAUGUAGCUCAACAGACCAAGAUUUUGGUUAGAUUUGUAAUAUUGUUGGCUUUUUUUAGCCUACUCUUAGUCAUGAACUCAAACUCUGGCUCACCUAUAAUGAACAGGAGCACAGAUAUUGAGCUAUGCUUUAAUUUUAUUUCUCAAAGUAAUGAGGUGAGAAGUCAAGAACCCAAGGAAAUGCAUUAUGUAGCCUAUAGUAUUUUGAGAACAACAAAACAUUCCAAUGUUUUGUGUGGGGGGGAAAAGGCAUCUAUUUUUGUAAUUUGCAUUAGUAUAUCCUAGUUUUCCGUUUCUGAUGACUUAGUGAUUGUAUUAUAAGCAUCGAAUUUACCUGCAAUUUCUUCGUUUGAAUAUAAAACUGCGUUAUUUGGGUUUGUUUUUGGAGUGGAAUGUAACUGGCCGAUCUAAACUAGCUUGACCCGAAAUCGAAUAUUUUUUUUCUUCUGUUUAUCAGUUGAUAAACAUUAUUUUAUUUUUAAUUCCAAGAUAUUGACACUUCAAUCAAGAAGGACAUUACAAUUGAUAGCUUUUUGAUUUGUCAGGAAACUCAUUGUUUCAUAUGCAACUGUCAAAUGUUCAACAUGAAAUGUAUUCUGUUUUAUUUUGCUUCUUAGUUUUCAUAUCAAAUAAAUGUAUGGUGUUCCGGUCUCAA